AUGUACCACAGGGAUUACAACUUCGUUGACGGGAGCGUCAAGUUCAUUGCAGGGAACUCACUUUUCAAAGUUCACCGCUGGCUCUUCGAACGGGAGUCUCAGCUCUUCAGGCAGCUCUUUGCUCAACGCGGUGGCUCUCUCACUGCACCGUUCGUCCUAUCCGAUGUUAGAAGCGAUGAGUUUGCGACCUUUCUUUGGGUGUUUUAUAACCCGAAUUACUCGCAAUGCCACACGAGCACCCAGAACUGGAAAACCAUUCUGGCCCUGGCUCAUCGCUGGGGUUUCGCAGAGGCAAAAUCUCUGGCGCUCUGCAAACUGAAAGAAGCAGGAGAGGUCAAACUCGAAGAUUUCGAACAGGAUUUACCUCCGCCAAACACUUCUUUUGAAGAUGUCGUCUUGUUCACCGGCUCUCCCAUUGACACCAUCCACAAUUUCAGUACCAUCCCGUAUCCCGCCAAUAUCCAACGCCCUGACGCCCGGCUCAAUUCAAACGCUAAGGAUGGCAAGUUCAUCUACACCCGAGAUUUUCUACUUCAAUUUAGGCUAGUAUGCAAGUACAAGCCCGAUGACCUGGCCCGGGAUCUUGACGCAUUUGGUCUUGACCCCACCACAUGUCCGGUCGUGCCAGUCGCUCGGCGGGAUACUCGUCUCUCUUCAUUUACAAUUGUCGCUUCUGGAGGCAAGCGAACAAGAAGUAAACGCGAAAAGUACAAGUUAACCCCUCAAGCUCUCCCACCGAGCGAAAAUGUCGCACCGCUAUCAAUCAGCGCCAACCGCUGGGAUUGCCGUGCCUUUCACCAACUCGUCCCGAAUUCCCCUGAAGCCGUGGCGCGGAAAGUGAGAAGUUGGCUCAACAAACUUACGAAGGAGAACUUGGACUCGAUUUCGGGUCGAAUCAUCGCACAGAUGACUGCAUUGGAGGAGAAUGGGCGGGCAAUAGUCACGAUCCAGGUCGUUCGACUGGUGUUUGAGGCCGCACAAGACGACGUGUUCCGCUCGGACCUCUAUGCUGGUCUCUCCCGCAAGAUAAUUGAGCAGAGUAGCCUUAACGCCGGCGUAAAAGAUGACAACGUCGACACCGCAGACGCAGACGACAUCCAACCCAUUGCCAGUGGUCAGCUUUUCCGCAAGCAUCUAUUGAAUCGUUGUCAAGAAUACUUUGAGCGCGGUUGGGCAGCACAGGGACCAGCACCAGGAAUAUCCGAUUUCGACGCUUUUUACUCCGCACAAAGGGCAAAGCGUCAAGGUCUUGGUCUGAUCAAGUUCAUCGGCGAGUUAUUUAAAUUCAAGAUGUUGACUGAGCGCAUAAUACACGAAUGUGUUAAGAAGCUGCUCGGAAGCGUUGAAAAUCCCGAGGAGGUUGAGAGCCUGUGCACGCUGCUUGUAACCGUGGGUUCGGCGCUUGACACAAAGAAGGCGCGGGCACAUAUGGACGUCUAUUUCGCAAGAAUGAAGGAGAUGGCCAAGUCAGAGACACUAGGUGCACGUUUGCAGUUUAUGUUACUGGAUGUUAUUGAGCUACGGGACCGAAAAUGGGUAGCUCGAACAUCACCGAAACUUGGAGAUGAUUGGAUGAACAUCGAGGGCCGUUGGAGUGGACGGACUGUCCGACCCCGGGCUCCACCGAAGGCUGGCGAUCUUUCCGUGUUCGGCAAGUUGGCAGCGAGGCGCUGA